AUGUCCAACCGAGAUAGGAUCGAGCAGGCCGGGAGCCAAAGCACCGAGAUUUCCUACGACAUGAAGUACUAUGAGGAUGUCUCGUUGGACGAGAAGAGAGGCAUACAGAGCCGGCCCGAUGCACCGACUGACGAGGAGCUGAAGACCCUCCGACGCGUUGCGGAUCACAUACCCUUCAAGCUCUUCACCAUUGCCUUCGUUGAGCUCUGCGAGCGUUUCUCUUACUAUGGAUCUGUCAUUGUUGUAAUUACCAACUUUAUUCAACAACCCCUCCCGCCUGGUUCGACGACCGGCCGUGGCAUUGACUCUCCCAAAGGUCAGCCCGGUGCUCUAGGAAUGGGACAGCAGGCUUCAACGGGUAUCACUACGUUCAAUCAGUUUUGGCAAUAUUUCAUGCCCCUAUUCGGUGCCUGGGUUGCAGACAAGUACUGGGGCCGAUACAAGACCAUCUGCAUUGCCAUCGCUGUCGACCUCGUCGGGCAUCUGAUUCUCAUUUCCUCGGCGAUUCCUCCUGUUAUCACCAAGUCGAAUGAAAACUCCUUGGCCGCGCUCCUCGUCGGAAUGAUUACCAUCGGAUUUGCGACUGGAGGCUUCAAGCCGAACAUCAGUCCGUUGAUCACCGAACAGCUGGAAAUCGACCACCUGACCGUGCGAACGAUGAAGGACGGCGAGAGGGUGAUCGUGGAUCCCGCCAUCACUAUCAACCGAGUAUACAACUGGUUUUACCUCUUCAUCAACAUCGGUGCUUUGGUCGGUCAGAUAUCGAUGGUGUACGCGGAGAAAUACGUCGGCUUCUGGCUCAGCUUCACGCUCCCGACGUGUAUGCUCGCAUUAUGCCCUCUGGUGAUGUGGUGGGGCAAGGGAAGAUAUCGCGAUCAGCCUCCGUCUGGAUCUGUAUUGGGUCCGGCUUUGCGAACGUUCUUCUUCGCGCAAAGGGGUCGAUGGUCGAUCAACCCAGUGAAAACCUGGCGGAACAUGCACGACGGUACAUUCUGGGAGAAUGUCAAGCCGUCUCGGUUCAGCGACGCAACUCGUCCGAAGUGGAUGACAUAUGAUGAUGCAUGGGUCGAUGAGCUGUAG